AUGGCUUUUAAUGGACUGGUUGUUGAUUCAUUUAACGACAAGCUUUUGGGCAUGACCAAGUCUGAGUUGGAGGAUCUCUUCAAUGACGACGCAAAGAUCCACGAGAUGGUGAUGAACGGCGCUACGGUUAAAAAGUUGAAAGCCGACAAAAAGCACCUAAUGAAGAGCAACCGUGAUAGGGCCUCCGAGAACCUAAAACUGGAACCGCAGAUGAAACAAACCAAGGAGGAUCUAAUCGCGGCUCACCAACGCUUUAACGAGGCACUUAAAGAAUACAGCAAUUAUAAGAGCAAGCUAGACGAGAUCCGUGGCUCCUUUUCGACUCAGACAAUGCUGGCUCUGAUGAAGGUGGCAAACUCCGAGGAGGAUGAGAUGUCAGAGCAGCUGCAGAAGUCGCUGCUUAAGAAGGAAAUCGAUCUAGACGAGUUUCUGUCGAAGAUGCUGCCCCUUCGUAAAUCCUUCAACGCCCGACGCAUCAAGAUCGAGAAGUUGGGCGAGCUUGAGCUCUCGGCGUCUGGACAGCACCCCGUGGCCGCGUCCUCCUCCGUCAGUGGUGGCCGAUUUGGUUUCGGCGGUGGCUACCCUGCCUUGUAA